AUGUCUACGAUUAUUCAAAAUUCUACUGGCAAUACUGCUUCUGUUACAUCCACUUCUGAAUUAAAUGGUAAUAAAAAAACUGACACUAUUGUUAUCACUAUUAGCGACGAAGACGAUGACGAGAACAAAAUGACAAUCAAACAACAUCAUAAUGAUGAAGAAAGUUCUAUAGCUACAACUUCUGAUCCAAUCACUGUAUGUGAAGCACUUCGUCAACAAAAUGAUGCUCUUCGACAAGAACUUCAUGAUAUACGACGAGUAUGUAUAUUUCUUUUUUUUUUU